AUGGGGCAGCGAGUUAGUGGUCUUGUCGACCAUCUCAACCCCUUCUCAACAAAUAAUCCAGCUCCAGAGGUGUCAGAUGACUUCAGAAGACGUCGAGCAUCCCGGGAAGAUCCGAGUUCGGAUCAUUUCUUCUUUGGAUCCCAUUUUCUGAUGGGAGGAAAAAGAUUCGAAGUGGCUAAACCUGAAGCAUUUCUGUUUGGACAGAACUCGGACUUGGAUUUGUUCGGAUCUCCUGUCAAAGUAAGCUUCCAGCAUCACUUUCAUGUUGUUAUAGUUUCCCUACGGCGGCGUUUCGGAGACAGUUGGUGCAUUAAAUGCCUUGGUUAACAUCCGAAAGGAUUCAAUCAAGAUUGUUAGGUAAGGUGUUAUUUUAUUAUCUAUAAUUUUUUAGGAAUGAAAGAGAAGGACUCUAUAAUCUCGAAUUCAUAUUCGAUACUGAUGUUAAUUGUUACAUCCAAGUUCACUACUGUGCCCGGGAAUUAAUUGAAAACAAUUUGUUUAAAUUUGACGUCCGACUGCCCGACAUGAAGCCAUCUGAGAAGUUUUAUUUUAGCAUUGGUGCCAACCAAGUGUUUAACCGCUUGACAUUAGAGGAAUGUCAGUUCGAUCCUCAGAAAGUAAGGAUUCCUAUUAUUGUCAAGACCUUUUUUAGAUAAAUUAUAAUGGUGGAUUCUGGUACCCCGUCGUGAUUGAGAUUCGCACAGCAGACGAGGAAUGUGGGUUCAAAGAACAAGUGCAAAUAACAAUGUGCAUAUUCGAGAAGAGUUCCAAUGCUGGCUGUCCUUAUGCACUGAAGCCCCUCAAACAAAAAUUGAUAACAGAUGGAGUAAUAUUCGUAAUGCAAGAAGUUUUCGGCAUUGAAAACCGAGAAACUGAUCGAGAUCGCGCCUUUGAAUGUGUCGUCUGCCGGGAUAAUCCGAGCGACACCUUGCUCCUUCCUUGUCGGCAUCUCUGUAUCUGCAACCAAUGUGAUUCUGAUUUCCUUAGUAACGUAAGUACAAAAAGGGUUUACUCAAAAGCUAAAUAUUAUAGGUGAAGGAAUGCCCUAUCUGCCGUACUCCCGUCAAAGCAUUACUCACAUUGAACGCAGUAAAGUCAAUUGAGAUUGGAACGAAAGGCCAUAAUUCAGCGUGAGUAAUUAUGUUCUCUCUGUGACGUUAUAAUUUAGAAUCGAAUCGGUUCAUCUAACUGAAGCCUUAAAUGGUCCCUUUAUGUUGUCCAGAGCAGGGUCAAGACGUUCAGUUAUCUCCCGAAGAUCAAGUCAAACCUCGUCUCUGAGGUCGAAAAGGAAUGCGACCUUGGAUUCUCGAGGCUCUUCUGGCCAGUUGCAAGUAUUCCCCCCAAGUAUUCAUGAAAAUCCAGCCAGUGAGUGUAUAGAACUCGAGGAUAUCGUGAGUGUCACCUGA